AUGGAGAUCACCGAUUUCGUUUUCAAAGAGCGUGAGGAUCUUCUCCUUGUCGGCGACUACAAUGCCUAUCGGGCACACGCCACCCGCAGACUGCACAAACUCCGCAAGAAGUUGGGCCAGGCCACCCCCAAAGGCCGCAAAUACACAGCUAAACCUGCUGUGACCCCCGAGAAUGUCGGGACCAAUGUUUCAUAUGUACACCUAUUGCUUUUGGGAUCCGAACGAGCCUGGGCGCAAGCCAUGCAUAUGAAGUCGACACACUCCGCAGAUCCAGAUGCGAAAGGAAUUGCUGGCGCCACCAGACGUCAUAUCAUUUCGCGAUUGAACAAAGCUAAAGGAUAUGCGCAGCACCUAGUGGACCUGCUGCACGAGCAAUCCGCCACCGGUGCGAGCGACAUUGAUAUUCUUGAGGCGCGGGCAUAUUUUGCUACAAUCUCUGGAGCUCUGUGGCUGGAAAAGCGACGAUGGGAACAGUGCCUGCACGACUUUGCCAUUGCCAGAGUCAUUUAUACGGCUUUGGGACAGAAGGUCAAGAAGGAUGCUUUCCGGGACUUGCUCACCGGUACCGUUGACCCGAGUCUGCGUUAUGCGGCUUACCAAAUGAAGCUACCACGCUCAAAGCCCACCUCCUCUCUUGCGAUUGAAUACUUCCCAUCCGACUCGAAUAUUCGCUCGGAGGUGGAGAAGAUCGACCCUUCUUGUCUGGCUGAGGAGGCCGCAGGUACACGGAGAACUGCCGAAGGCGAGGUGCAGAAACUACCCGAGUCUGUAACAUGGCGGUCGCGCACUGUUCCUCUGGACGAUGCCUCUAUCUCUCAGGCUUUGGCUGCUGCUUCGGCCGCCGAAGGAUGUCUCUCUGCUUGGCUAUCCGAUGAGGGCAAGUCAGCUUCCGCUAAAGAUCAGGCUGCCGCAUACGAUAAUGUCAUUAUCGCCAGUCAGGAUGCGGUCGAUGCUACGAAAACUGCACUCGAUGACCUUACCAGUGAGGGCGUGGAUCCCGGCGAUAAACGCAUGCAGGCACUGCAGAUCACUCGGACCGCUGUCAACUACGAGCUUGUUGGCUGGCGUAUUGGACGCAACCGUGUGCUGUGCGGCGAGCAAGAUGGUCUUGUAUUUGGCGAGGAACAGACGACCCACGGCAGGACUGUCAAGCGUAAUGCAGGCAAUGGCAAGAAGCUGAACAAGCUCCGCGAACGAGUGGUACUAUACGAUUCGACUCUGCAAAGUAUCGACUUCAUUCUUGAGCUGCCGGGAGUUGCAGCCGACUCGGCAUUUGUACAGGAUCUGGAGGCGAAGCGCCGCUAUUUCCGGGCUCUGAGUCUGCGGCGCCGUCUGCAUCGGCAGAAUCACAGGGGCUUCCCCGUCUGGGAUGUCUCUCGGGCACAAGCAGGUGCCCUAGAGACCGCACUGCGCGGACUGGUCGCCCGGUAUCGGGGAUUGGUCACUCUGGAGCGGCUAGAAGCCCAAUCCGGCUCCGGCCAGCAACGCCCACUUGUCGAGCGCCUGCACCAGUUCCAGCAAGGAACCGACCUCGGCAACCUUGUGCCGUACCCGCCGCAGAUGAAGCCGGUGCCGGUGAAGCCUUUGUUCCUGGACGUUGCAUGGAACUACCUCGAGUAUCCCCACGAGGGUCAACAGCAACAGGCGGCCCCAGUCCCGGCGCCAGCGGCAGCGGCAGCGGCAGCAGGGGAAGAGAAGAAGGGACGAGGAUGGUUCGGAUUCGGACGGUGA